AUGGCGGAGGAGGAGGCUGAAAAAGAAUACAACACACGGGAAGAGACCGUGGCCCUCAGAAAACGAUUUAAGGAUCUAACCACCGCGUUACAAGAGAACACCGAUUUACCAUUAGAUGCCUCCGAUAGUUUUUGCCACGAAUUUUGCCAGAUACUUGUGGAACAUGGAGGCCAGUGGAAGUCUGAGGAAGAUCCGCUGCCGUUACUGGAGAUGUACACAGUGGCUAUAUUAUGCUUUGCUGAAGCCACCCCCUCUCUCGUCCCUGAGUGCGAGCAUGUUACGGUUGUACUUGAAAAGUUAGCUCUGACUUGUCUGGAUUUUCUGCUCUCAGUAUCAGAGAAAGUCCCAGGUGCCUUAUGGGAAGAAUUUCAGUCAUCUGUUAAGGUGGCACAUGGUAUUCUUGAGGCAACUGGGAAUUUGCAGCUUAGCACACUGAUGGCUCUUGCCAAUGAAAGUGGUAUUUGGACCAACAACACACUGUGUAGCCUUCUGUCAAACCAUAUGCCAGAUGCUGAAAAAGUUUAUGAACUUCUGGCUCUGGAAGGUCCUACACUUCUUGACAUGCGAAUAAAGCACCUUAUCAAACAGAGAUGUGUUGAAAAAGCUGCGGUGCUUGCAAAGACAUGUGCAGAGUUUCCAGAGUUUGGUGGAAAGAAGAAUUUCAAACAGAUCUACCUUGUAUGUCUUUGUGAGACACUGUCUCAGCAAGAACUCAUGCAAGAGAUAAAGGAAAUAGAUUGCAAAGAUGCCCUGGAUAUGAUCUGUAAUUUAGAAUCUGAGGAGAAUGAGAAAGGUGCCCUAAGUCUUUGCACUGCUUUUUUAAAACGUCAGCUUCUCCAAGGGGAUGUUUAUUGUGCAUGGGAACUGACAUUGUUUUGGAGCAAACUUCUAAUACGUCUUGAAUCGGCACAGGCCUUUUUGGAUCAAUGCAGACUGUUAGCACAACUCUCUGGGAGUGUUUACCACAUCCUUCUCCUCAUAAAGGUUAUCCAAGCAGAGGUUCAGAAUGAAGGCCUUCCAAUGUGCAUUGAAAUGUGCAUUAAAGCUCUAAAAAUAGGAGUGAAUGGCAAUGAAGACUGCAGUACAACUAUUUGCAAAACUAUCUCCUGCUUGUUGCCCUUAGACCUGGAAGUAAAACGGGCUUGUCAGUUAACAGAAUUUCUUGUUAAGCCCACUGUGGAGUCUUACUACGCAGUUGAAACGCUGUUCAAUGAACCUGACCAAAAGCUUGAAGAGGAAAAUCUCCCAAUUCCAAAUUCAUUACGCUGUGAUCUGUUGUUGGCCUUGAAGACACAGUGGCCUUUCGAUCCUGAGUUCUGGGACUGGAAAACUCUGAAGCGUCAUUGUCUUGCUCUUAUGGGAGAAGAAGCGUCUAUUGUGUCAUCCAUUGAUAAACUGAAUGACACUGAGGACAAUGAAGGUGUGCUGGAUACUGAUGAGAGAGAUUUCAAACAUCUGGAUUUCAUCCUCAGUCCCACAAAUGAUCUCAGUGACAUUGAAGCUGAGAGGAAGAAAAAAAGGGAAAUGAAGAAACUGAGGGAAAGAGGAUUUGUAUCAGCAAGAUUUCGCAACUGGCAAGCUUACAUGCAGUAUUGUGUAUUGUGUGAUAAGGAGUUCCUUGGGCACAGGAUCGUGAAGCAUGCACUGAAGCAUGUCCAAGAUGGUAUUUUCCGUUGUCCAAUAUGUGCAAAGUCAUUUGAGACAAGGGCAGUUCUAGAGCCUCAUGUAGCAUCACACGUAAAACAGUCAUGCAAAGAGCGACUUGCUGCUAUGAAUGCAAAAAAGAAAAAAACUAGUUCUACGGAGUCCAUAUUAAGUAACAGUAAACAAGACCACAGCAGAGCUGUUGUAAAGGUUGGCCAAAAUGUGUGCCCUAACUAUGUAGGAUCUUCAAACACUAAUUCUAGCACUGCCGGAAAAGUCAAAAGUAAAAUAGGCUUACCAAAACGGGGGAACCCUGUACGUGACGUUGAAAACACUGAAGAUUGUUCCUGUCCUGUUACAAGUUGUCAGAAAGUUUUCAAGUACUUCAGAAAUCUGGUUGCACAUGUUAAGGCUCACAAAAAUGAAGAGGAAGCUACACACUUUCUUGAAAUCCAAAGCCAGAAGGCUGUUUGCCAGUAUUGCCGUCGACAGUUUGUCAAUGUCACUCACCUAAACGAUCACUUGCAGAUGCAUUGUGGUGAGAACCCAUAUUUCUGCAUUCAGCUGGGCUGCAAAGGGAGCUUUCAUUCUCAUGCUGAACUUCUCAUGCACAGAAAAAUGCAUUCAGAGUUCCAGGCACAGUGUAUGUUUCCAAAUUGUGGCAGGAUAUUCAACGAGGCAUACUUACUGUAUGAUCAUGAAGCACAGCACUACAUCACAUUCACUUGCAAAAGUAGUAACUGCGGAAGGGUGUUCUACUCACUGUCUCAGCUGAAUAUGCAUCAGAAGGAGCACACAAAGCAGGAGCUGUCUGAUUCUGAGGGUUCAAGGCAUCAGCAAGAAACGCCUACCCAGAGUUCUUCGGAUCUGGACCUUUCUGAACACCAAGCUGAUGACGCUCUGAAAGAGUCUAGUCCUCUGAAAAUUAAGCACUCUGUUGAGAGCAUGUUAAACUCUAUUUGUGACUCUGUAGAAGAGCCUGAACAUUCUUUCUCUUUAACAGACAAACCAUUGGUUGCAAAUGAUCAGUCACCAGCUAGGGAUCCUUCUGUUGCACAGACUUAUGAAGAAUCCCCAACUUCAGAAGCGACUUGCAUUGUACAGCCCGAUGCUGAUAGGUCAACUCAGUUUCAUCUUGCUCCGUGCUACGUAAAACUGGUACCUAUACCAAUCAAGUACGAUGAUCCUAUUUUCUUGAAUGCUCUUCGGAGCUCUGACUCCAUGACUCAGUCACUCUUGCAAGAUAAUAAGCUGUUCUCAUUUACAUGGAAACAGCUCAGAAAUGCUCAGACAACAUCUAAUUUACACAAUGGGACAGUGACAAAAGCAGGUAUGCAACCAUGCUCACAGAAGAAUCUCACAAAUGGCGAAGAUGAUCUCCCUCACGUCUGUCCGUUUGAGACUUGCACACGGAAGUACAGCACUUCAAAAAGUCUUUCAAGGCAUGUUAAAAAUGUGCAUUAUGAAGCAUUUGAGGAGUGGAAGCUUGCAAGAAAGUACAAGAGAAUUGCAGAAAUUGCUGCAAGAAAAUCUUUAUCUGAAAACAAAGAUUCCAGUUUUCAGACCCCAAAGAAAAAGAUAAAGUCAGAUACAGCAACACCCCAGCAGUAUACAGAAAUCCAGGAAGCGAAGUUUUCAACUGAUUCUACACCGACAGACCCUGCUCCACCUCUCCCUAGUCCUGCGCAUUCCUUCAGUGCCAAAUUUUGCCCUCAGUUUGAAAACUCUCAAAGCGAAAUUCCAUUAACGCAGACUUCAUUAGUGCAACCACAGAUGUCUCAGUCAUGGAGCUCGCCCUCGUUUGAUGGUUAUAAUUCAGAUUACUCCCUGCAGAAUCAUUUCCCUACAAUGAUUAUGCCUGAUAGCUUGCAGGCAUAUCCAUUAUACCUGUCACACACUGACCUGCUGACAGAAAAGGACAUGGAUUAUGCUCCUUCCUUAACUGAUGAUGGCAACACCCCGUCAACAGUAAACACAGAAUCACACUCAAGUGUAAUGAAUGAAGCAUCUAAAUAUGUUUCCAGUUCUCUAAGGGUGCUGCAUUCUCUGAAUGGUGAUCAGGCAUGUGAAAUGCCACAAGCAGCAUCAAGUGAGGAGCUUGGAUUCAUGGAAAUCAGACAGAACCAUGACAAUGUUGGGAUUCCUUCUGAUGUUAGUGAUUUACAUUCUGUGUCUGGGCAAAAUUUCAGUCCAUAUUUUUCACCUUACCCACCACAGACAUGCUCCAGCUCAGUACAACCAAUGGAAAAGACAAACAAAGAAUUUACAGUUAAUCAAGCUGAUCCAUUGUUCUCCUCGCCAGAUAUCAAAAGUAUAACUCAUUUCACAUCCCCUAUUUGCAAGGAAGAACCAGAAAGUUUCUCUGUUUCAGGUGCCAGUAGUGCAGCAAUGGAAAAUGAGCAAAGUCAUGAUUUGUCUGCUUCAGAAGCAUCACAAGUCACAACUGAAAGCAUAUCUCCUGAAGAUAAGAAUAUUACAAGUCCUGGUGAAGUCAAAAAAGCAAAGAAAAUUAGAUCAUCAAAGAGGACAAAAUGGCCUGCAAUAAUAAAGGAUGGAAAAGUAAUUUGCUGUAGGUGCUACAGGGAGUUUUCUAGUACAAAGUCGCUUGGUGGACACCUAUCAAAGCGUUCUCAGUGCAGACCAAUAGACGAAGUUGAUCUUACUGCUGAUUUGCCCACAUCGUUUCUUGAUUUUCUCAAUGAUCCAGACAUUUCAACCAUUCAGACACCUCUCCCCAGGAAUAAUCCCCAUGGCCAAGAUCCCUCACUCAUGCAUCAGCAGUCAGAAUCUGAUGUCCUGAGCACCUUUACAGACAUCCAUGGCCCAAAUUAUAGUAUUCAAAAUGGCAGUUCACCAUCUGGAGAUACAUCUGAAAUUACUUUCAUUGCACCUCAUAAUCAGAGUGGGAGUUCAUCCAACAGACCCCCUUUGAGCAACCUUACGGCUGAUCUGCCAGUUGGACCAGAAACUGACACCGAAAAGAUCUCUGAAGCUGAAAUACCUUCUACGUCCCCCGGUGAAGAUGGCAAAAUUGUAGAAAUUGAAAGAGCAUUACAACGCCUAGAUUUAGUAGAUGUGCAAACCCAAGACACCUUAAAAGCUGCAAUGACAGCCUUGCAUAAUCAUCCAUCUGAAGCUGAAACUGCAAACAAGAAGAGUGAUGAAUCUAAAACUGAGGAACAAAGUAAUGACCUGAAAAAUAUUCUUAAACCAUUCAGAUGUGAUGAGGAGGGCUGUGUUUAUGGCGCAAUGACAAAGGAAGCUUUAUUCAAACAUUUAAGCAGGGUACAUGACUUUGGUGAGGAUAAGAUAAAUGAACUGAAGAAAAAUCCAGACAAAUUAUCACCAUAUAGUUGUCACUUGUGCACUAAGACAUUUACUAGAACCACAGGCCUCAAAAUCCACUAUAAAAAUGUCCAUCACUUAUCAAAAGAAGAAAUGUCUAUGUUAAAAAUUGGCCGAGAAUUUAAAAAGACAGAAAAACCCAAAUCUGAAUCAAAACCCAACUCUGAAUCAAAAAAUGCAAGUAACAGCAUUAUCAGUAGUCAGACAAACAGCCUUCUGUCAGUGCAGCCUCUGUGCACGUCAAGUCCUAUUAUUAAAAUAGCAAAUACAACCACCAGAAAAGAACCAGCAAAUAUAUCAGGAGCAAAGCAGUUCCCUAAACAAGACCCCCUAAAGGGGGGAGAGAGCUGUAUUGCAGCUAAUGAAGCACAGAAAAAUUCCAGCCUUGAUUUAAUAUCAGAAAAGGAUAUAAAACCACUGCUAGGAUCUUGCCAUACUACAGAUAAGACUAGUGUGCAGUGUGCAUCAGUUGAUGCAAAUCAAGAGCAGGCAACUGGGAAAUCUCCCCCCCCUGUCAAACACUGCGAUUCAGACAAAGUUGCCAACAUUGCAUCCACACAUGUUGGAGAAACUGCUGUAGAAAAAAAGGACAAGCCCAAAAAAAUGAAACCUAAAGUAGAGUCCACAAAAAAAGAAAAGGUACACAAAACUCCUGGAGGCAGAAUUGAUUCUUCAGACAUAAAUGAAGACCUCAGUUUGUACAGGCCAUAUCGAUGUGUCCAUGAAGGAUGUGUAGCUGCUUUCUCAAUACAACAGAACCUUAUACUGCAUUACAGGGCAAUGCAUCAGUCAGAAAGAUCAAAUGAAACGAGUGGUGACAAAAAUAUAAAUGGUGGUCAAGCCGAUGGAGCUGUUCAGGUCCAUGAAUUCAAGUGUCAAGUCAAAGAAUGUUCAAAGGUUGUCUCCAAAGUCACCAGCUUAUUGAAGCAUUAUCUGUUGCUUCACAGAUGCACAUUGGAAAAAGCAAGUGCUCUGUUGGCAGGUGUUGAAGUGGGCACAUUCCAGUGUGAUCAGUCUAAAUGCCCUGCUUAUUUCACCUGUCAUUUAAAGUACAUUGAUCACAUUAAAAAUGACCACAAGGCAAUACGAGUUUCAGCAGAUGGAGAUUUUGAGAGCGUUGACCUGACAUUCAAGUGUGAAUGUGAAGGCUGUGAUAGGGUCUAUACAACCAAAUCAAAUCUUCUUCGACAUCUUAUGAAAAAACAUCAGGCAACUUUUGAAACUAUUAAACAAAAACAAAAAAGUGUUGAGGGAGAAAACGUACCAGCAAAAGGACUCAGCGCAACAAGUGCAAGUCCUAACAAUGGGAAAGAGAACAUUGCAAGUAACAAAAUAAAACUGAAGAAGAAAUUUUCUAAGAAAAAAGAUGAAAAGAUGUGUAACCACUGGACAAGCUUUGGAAAGCCUUCUCUCAAGUCCUUGGAUGAAGCGUCUGCCAUGUGUACUGGGAAGUUUCCUCUGCAGUACCCAUGCAUGAUUAAGGGGUGUGAGUCUGUCCUGAACACGGAGCGGCAUAUAUUCAAACAUUACACCACUCAUGGCCUCACAGAGCGCUACAUCGAGGAUCAGAGGAGCCACUUCAUAUUUUGCAAGAAGAACUCACGAUUGAAGAACAAAGAUGUAAACAAAUCAGACGAUACUUCAGGGGACACCUGUAAGGUUGAAAAGACUGAUCCUGAGGAAAAUAAUGCAGAGAGCUCCUUGGUUUGGCCACAUCACGAUCUGGAAAGGACGACUUCUCCCGAAGCUGAAGGACUAAGUGAUGAAGACCCUCCAACCGUACCGAUGCCAGAGGUUAAACGCAAACGGGGCCGUCCACGAAAGUCGGAACAGAGAAUUAAAAUGAAUCCAGAAAGAAAACAGAGUCUUAGAAAUGGUGCUGUUGAUGGUGACUGUGUAACAAAGGUUUCAGAAUCCACAUCAAACUCUGCAGACCAUCAGGAAGAGCAGGCAGAAAGUGGUGUAGCACAAAAACUUUUCAGUCCUUUGGGGUUUGAGGCAUCAAUCCUGAAGUUAUUUGAAGAGUCUUCAUCUACAAAUACUUUCAAAAGGAAAACAAGUGAAAGUGAUUGGACUGACAUGCCAUUGAAACGGCAGCAAACAAUAAAUCAACAAAAUGCUACCAUUAUCUAUAAAAAUGCAGAGUUCCAAGAAGUAGAUGAAGACCAAAAUGUUGUUCAUUUCAGAAAUCCUCUCAAGCUGGAGUCUGUGAAUAAUGUUAAGAUUGUUAUGGACGAAAGCUUUUCUAAUGGUGCUGAUCUUUUGUUGAAACAACUUCAGGACAUGCGGCCCAUGGUCAUACUGAAGAAGUGGCUGUGCAGUUGAUGACCGAGUUUGAGACUGACGUCUCUGUCUCUCUUCAAAGCUUUGCACUCAGGACUAGAUAAUGUUACAUGCUGCAGACAGGUACAUCAGAUAACACAUUUAUCAGUGGUUUUCCAAGCAUGAUUUGAUUUGAGAAGAGUGAAAAAAGGCAGAUUCUUAUACAAAAUAUUCAUUUUAAAUUUUGAGAUACCAUUAUGUACAUUAGGGUUUAAAUGUUAUGUAGAAACAUAUUUGUAUUUAUGAAGUUAAUUCUCUUUUAAAGAUUAGCGUUUGCUAAAUUUAAUAUUUUACACACAUGCUGACAAAUGUUUUGAUAUAUCCCUAUGGGAUUUGUUUCUUUUUUUAAGUAUAUAUUUAUUUUUUACUUCACUGUAGUGUAUAGUAAUGUAUAUGUCUUCCA